AUGCGCGUCAUCUGUGAAGGCAUCGCAUCGUGCAGGGAAGACGCCAAGCAGUUUACGCGCUGCAGUUGUGCCCGUCCUGCUGCUGAAAUGCUCGUCUACAGCCAACCAUUCCAACAAUUCAAUUACGGACGACCUUUGAUGGCUCCGUCCAUGUCAUCCGAGGGCAUGAAUGGCGAUGUAAUGCCAAUGGCGACAACUUCGGCAGCGCCCGCCCCGGCCGCAAAUGGCGGCGCACACUUCGUCUAUUCCCGCAGGGCUUUGACUGCCAGCAUCGUAGAAGGUUUGAAGAGAUGCCGAGUGAAGCGUUCCACACCCUCCACGGAAUACCGCGAGACACUCAACGAGCACACUGGUGUUGUUGAAAGCACUUCAAUUAUACAACCGUGUUCAUCUCGCGAACACGACGAUACCGAUAUCGAGGAGGAGAUUGUGAACACAUUCCAUAAGAAAUCGUUCAUUGUGCCAAGUAAAAGCCAGGUUCUCUUCUAUCUGUCUACGUCACGACAUCUUCGAAUUCAUCAUACUGGUUGCGAACUUCAGGUGAGGAAACAUCUUUUACACAUUUUCGUUGGUUAG